AUGCUACGACCAGUCCUUCGAACGCAGCUCGCAGCGCCGAUUUUGUCAUACCAGAUCCCUGCGUGCCGCCUGUCAUCGACUACCUCCUCUGCACAACAUGCCCGAGGCACCACCUCGGACCACGCGCUGGCAAAGCCGCAUACCAUCGACCCGCGAUGGCUUACAAUGAUCAAGCGACGGAUUGGGAAAUGCAUGAUGUUUGGACUGAAACCAGAUCAGGUUGAUGAAGGAGGGAAGAUACUGCAGCAAUUGGCCAAUGACUGGCGUGAAUUGAUUGCUGGAAGUGAGGGCUUCUUGACCGAUAAGAAGCGGCGUAGUUUGUUUCGGCAUAAUGUUGUCUGGGGUGAACAGCUGCUUGGUGGCCAUGUCAACAACGUCACCUACGUUCGAUAUGCCGAGACAGCCCGAGUAAACUGGACACGAAAUAUCGGAACUCACAUCGAUCCCGCAAAUAAGAAAGAAUGGAACAAUCUUGUUGGCUCGACGGGAAUUGGACUCAUCUUGCGAAGCAUCAAGGUGGACUAUAAAUUUCCCAUGACAUCGCCCGAUAAGAUAACUGUCUACCAAAGGCUGGUGCCCGACCCAAAUUCAUUUCUCGCGAGACAAUCUGCAUUCCAGCUGCAGGUCUUGAUCCUUUCAGAAGCAAAGCAACGUCCUGCUGCCCGUUGCCACGAGGAUAUUGUGACAUAUGACUACAAGAAGAACCAGAAGACACACAAUCUUCCUCCUUUUGUCAAGGACCAGUUCAAGGUUAUCUAUGAAUUACAGGAACAGGCUCAGAAGGAAUGGCAGCAGCAGGUUGCCGAGAUUGAGAAUCGGGUACGGACUCUUGAGCUUGAAAGCUGGGAUCGUGUGGAUGCCAUUGAGGAUAAAGGGUCUUCUUAA